CCCUAACAACUUUUUCAUGAAUCAAUUUUGAGCAUUAUGUUUACAACGUAGUUAUUAUAGCACGAAAUAUGAGUCUAAAAUGCCAAAUACUUGCAACUAUUAUGUUAAUCACUGAAAUCUUAGUGUACUAAUUGCUCGCUAUAAGCUAGGUUAUUGCGCCCCUAAACCAACGUACUGACAACGCUACCUCCCCGGAACUCAAACUUUAACAAUAACGAAUUAUUCAACCUGAACUUUCCUAAUGAUAAAAUGAUUCGCUCGCCACACAAAUUAGCCAAGAGAGAUUAUAAGGCCCUGAAUACUGAUGGUGAUGAAGGGGUCUCACCGACAAAGCAGCCUAGAAAAUCUUUAGGGGGACCAGUAGAUCGCCACAGUGAUGUUCGUAACACUGGUACCCAUCAGUCUCCUCGGAAAUCGUCUGUAAAAUCUCCACUGAAAUCACCUAAGUCUGUAAAAUCUCCACUGAAAUCACCAAAUUCUGUAAAAUCUCAACUGAAAUCGCUGAAGUCAUUGAAAUCUCCACGGAAGUCGCUGUCUCUGUUUGAUGAACUGAACACCAGCAAAAACCACGAAAAAUCUUCUAAGGAGUCUAGCAAUGGAGAUCAGAUGCCGCAAACCCCAAAGAAAUCUCCUCGGAAGUCCUCUGGGCUGUUUUAUGGAUCGCCAAGGAAGACGCCCAGGAAAAAUUUUCAGAUGGUGUGGUUUGGUGAAGAGAUGGCUGUCAAUGAUCCACCUACGGAGUCUUCAAAGAGAAGUUCACUUGGAAUGGACGCAUCACAGGUUAAACCAAUAAUGCCUAAAAGAAAAUCAAUCAAAAUCACGAAACCGAAAGGAGACCGGCAGAAGUUGUAUGAUGAUCUACCUUGCAGAGACAAACAGAUCGAUUUACUUCUCUCUCUCUUCGGUGAGAGGGAUGAUGAAGUCUGGCCGAGCUUGUUCUUGUAUGGUCACACAGCUACGGGCAAGACCCAGGUUGUCACGGCAGUUCUGGAAAACCAACAGCUCCCUCAUGUCAUGGUGAACCUGGUCGAAUGUUACACCAAUAAACUGAUGUACGAACACAUUCUCAAUUCAAUAUCAGGAGAGAUGCCAUCGCCUGAGAACGACUAUGCCACCUAUGCGCGAUGUGAUAACAUGAAUGACUUUGUCAUCUGCUUCAAGCGGGCUGUAAAGGAAAAAGUACUGGAGGAUGAGACAGUCUACAUUGUUCUCGAUCAUGCUGAGAGACUACGAGAUAUGGAUGCCUACAUUUUGCCAGCAUUUACAAGACUACAAGACUUGACCCAGUGCAAAGUGUGUGUCAUCCUCAUAUCUGAGAUCGUCUGGGAGAAGUUCAGAUUUGGAACUGGGUGUGUGGAACCUGUUGUGAUCCAUUUCCCAGAUUACACACAAGAUGAUUUGAUGGAAAUCAUGUUGCUCGAUUGCCCUGAAGAUCGUGAAGAAGACUUCUAUUCAUCAUAUCUCAAUCUAUUGCUGAGUGUGUUUUAUUCGGCCUGUAGGGAUCUCAGGGAACUCAGGCAUUUGGCCUCAUUAAAUUUUCCGAAGUAUAUUGAACCCGUCACUACUGGAGAAGCCAAGGAGAGCGAAAGGAGAAAACUGUGGCGUAACAUUGAACCUCAUCUCAAGAAGGCAUUACAUUCUGUCUAUCUCAGAGAAGUCUCGAGUGCCCAGUGGGAAAAAAUGCAGCAACAAACCGGAGACAGUGCAACAACUUCCCUACCAGCACCUACGUCAAGAAUGCAUGUUGAGCUUCCAUAUUAUUCCAAGUACCUCCUGAUAGCAGCCUACCUAGCCUCCUACAACCCAACCAAAUCUGACCAAAGAUUCUUCACGAAGCGAGCGGAGAAAAAAGUCAGUCGACAGGCACAACUAGUAAAGAAGAAUGAGAGGACAAGCAGCCAGCUCCUGGGCCCCAAAGCUUUCCCAUUAGAUAGACUGAUGGCCAUUUUCUAUUCGAUUGUUGAAGGCAAAGUACUUCCCACUGCAUAUGUUUAUUCACAGAUCGCAUCUUUGGUAACGCUGCGUCUGAUUGCUCAUGUUGGUGGUGACGACCAACUCGACGGACCAAAAUACAAGUGUGUUAUCUCUUUAGACUUCAUCAAGUCAGUUUCAAGGACUGUCGGUUUUGAGGUGAUGCGUUACCUAUAUGACUUCAUAUGAAGAUGCUCUACCCUUGGAUAAAGUGAUGCUACCUGGAUCGAUGCAUUUACGAGUAGGAAUAUUUGUCUGGAGGACAUGAUCUCAAGAAAAUACGCACAGUAAUCCUGGCCUAUCAGUGCAUGUGUUUCAAGUUGCUUUCUAUAUUGGAGCAAUCUUAUUUGCCCAGUUUUUGCAGGAUCACUCAGUUAGGACUGACUUCUGUUGUGACUCUUUGUUGCCACUUUUUCACUCUUGGGCAGUGCCCAAGUCCCCAACUAGUUUUGUAUACUAAGAUAAUUGUUACUUUGAAUAAAAGUUGCA